GCUGUCAGAGCUGCUGUCAGAAGGCAGAAGAAAAGACAUAGGAACCAAUAUUCAGGCUAGGAUUUCCUAGUCGGAGGACUCUCAGGCUUACACCAUUUCUCAGGGGAAGCGGUGUUACAAUGCUUCCUUAGUAAACAAACUUCCCCGUGUUGUGAGUUCAUUAUGAGGUGACCGGGUGGGCGCACAAUGACCCUGGAGGCCUCCCUGGUGGAGUUCCGCAGACGCUGGAGGUCAGAGAUUAAAGGAGAUGCCACAGCUCCGCCCGGACCGACUUCACCAAAGCGCAGGCGGUCAGAAGGGAGCCCAGAGCCCGAGCACCUGAUCCAGGAGGAGGGUGUACCCUGGAAAUGUCUCCCCGGAUCUCCCUCCCGGGACAGAGGAGUAGCUGGAAGCCGAUACCUGAAACUGGCGGAGAGUCUGCUAGAUGACGGACCGGACAGUACACCCGAGGAGAAGAAACCGAGACCACAGGACACAAGCAGGACCCUGGUGGAGCAACUCAUCAGUGACCUGAAUGAAAUAAAUGAAAUCCCUUUCUUUGAUAUUCAACUUCCAUAUGAAAUUGCCUUAAAAAUCUUCCAUUACCUGGGCAGAGAAGAGCUUGGAAGAUGUGCACAGGUAAGCAAAGCGUGGAAGGUACUAGCUGAAGAUGAAAUCUUGUGGUACCAUGUUUGCCAAACGGAAGGGUUCCUGACGGACAGUGAAGUUACAGCGUGCACAUCUUGGAAAGACGCUCUGAAAGAGAGGCGCACUCAGGAGAGCCUGCUGAGGACAAACUGGAAGAAUCGUACCGGCGCUGUGAGCCAGCUGCAUUAUGAACUGGGGAAGGUGUUGUGUGAUGUUCAUACAUCUGAUGGAGUUGUCUUAGCAGGAUACACAUCAGGAGAUGUUCGCCUAUGGGACACAAGAACUUCGGGACUUGCUGAAUCUUUUCUGGAAACCACCCAUCAUCUGGAUCCUUCUGGACAAAGUCAUCAAGUUUCUUUUGUUCGGAUAAACAAGUCCUUAGCAGUGGCUGCAUAUGAGAAUGGUUCCAUCGAUGUUUGGUGUCUUCAGGUUGGUCGGGAACCUAUCCAUCACUAUCAGCACAACCAGAAAAUCCAGGCACUAGCUCUGUGCCCAGAAACCGCUACUAUAGCAACAGCAUCCAGUUUUGAAAUAAAAAUAGAAAGGCCUGACGAUAGAGGGUACUGGCGAAGUUGCUGCAGUUUUCAGACCCAAAAACUGGUAAACUUUCUCCAUUUGAUUCAGAACUCUGAAGGAUGUCCUGUUGCUAUUGCUGCUGCUGAAGAAAUAGUAUAUCUCUUAAAGCCAGACGUCCCUGAAAAGAUACUGCAUUCUACAUAUGGCCACACAGUUACCAGCUUAGAUGUUUCUCUUGAUAAAGCGGCAUUUGGAGUCAAAAGUUAUGGCUGGUUUUCUAAUAAUGGCAAUAAGAUUCAUGUAUACAGCCUACAGACUGGUCAGUGCAUCACAAGCUUGGGUAAUUCUGCUGGAGACUUUUCCUGUAUUAAUUUAAAAGAUAGCCCUCCUCAUCUUCUUGUAACUGGAAACCGGGAUCGGAGGGUGCGUGUGUAUGACAUGCGAUGCAGCAAAUCUCUGUGUUCUUUUUAUGCUCACCACUUGGGAGUCUCAGCUGUUCGUAUGGAUGACUGGAAAGUAGUCUCUGGAGGAGAGGAGGGUCUGACCUGUACAUGGGACCAGAGGAUGGGCACAAAACUUUGGGAGAUGCACGCAAGGCAUCCUGUCCGUUACAUCUGGUUUAAUUCUCAAACUCUGAUCACUGCAAACAUUCCUGAUGAGAAGAACCCCCGAGGAGCCAGUAUUAUGGAUGAUGAUCUUACUGCUCAUAGAAGACACCGGGGUACUAUUAAUGUCUAUGACUUCUCUGUGCACCAGAGGUCUUCUGAGAGUAUCCUUCCUAUUUGUCGUUCUUCCUACAAUGAGGUGAUAGGAUACAACUACAACAUUGGCUUGGCUGUCCCCUAUGACCAUGUGUGAAAAUAGCAGUUGCUUCAAGGAACAUAGUUGCUGUUUGAAAUUACAGCACUCUUACAGCUUGAAAGAUUUAAUGGAACCAUAUAUCAAGCCUGUCAGUAAUAAAGAGUAUACUGUAUAGGAAUCCAGAAUCCAGCCAGCUGUUAUGAUAUUAAUAUAUAAAGAAUGUGCUUUAUCUUCCAUCACAAAUACACUGACAUGCCAGGCGUGUAAACACAAUGCUGUUCUGCUCUUGUUGCUAGAUACAAGAGUUCUGUGGAACAGCAGUGCUAUACAGAAGGUAAUGUUUGCAGGAUAAUGGAUUGUCCUUGGGAAUGAUUUACCAUGAACUAUUUGACUUUUGUAAAAAGCCUGCCUACGUUUUUAAUGAUUCAUUGUUAAAUUAUCUUGUAUGGAACACAAGUUAUUAUAGGUGAAGUUACCCAAAAAGGUCAGACAUGACAUAUGUCAUAAGACCAACUAGUAAUUGGAAUCCCUGCCUGCACUAUCAAAGGGAAACAACUAAACUCUCUUGAUUUGGUAUAUAUUUAACAAGUUUCCAUUCCACACUAUACAAAGCUACUAACCCUUCCAUCAUCUGCAAACUUGAAUUUCUUCUACAAAUCUGGAUCAGUUACACCAUAUAAUGGCUGAGCCGCAUUACUGGGGUAAAGAUGACGUACCUCCCCAAGUUACGUUACCUGUUCUAAGUAUUACAGGUUCCUUUACCUCCCAUGUCAUGCACACCAUUGAAAGCCAUGUAAUGAACUUUGGCUGAACCACAAACUGUGGCACACAUUAUGUUUCAGACUAAAACCAUAAAGCUUCCCAAAUCUUCUACAAUACUACUAAGCACCCCAACUAGAUCAAUGUAUGAAAUUACGUUUCUUCAAUAGGGUUACACACGGCAGCCUAACCUUGGUUGCGGUUGUUAAUAUACAUUUUUAGCCAUACAAUUAUGGAGGUAACUCUAUUUAGGGAUUUACUUUCAAUUUUUUAUAUUUUUUAUUUUGUUCAUUUGUUCUUUUGAUAAGAUUUUUUAUAGUCUUUCUGAUUGAAUCUUAUCUUAGCCUUUAAGGGCUUGUUUAUCUUUCCUUUCCCAUACUCAAAAUGGAGUUUUCUAUACUUCCUGUUCCUUGUGAUCAAAGCGAGGCUUGGGUAUAAAUAACGGUGAACCACUGCAGAGCCCAUCCCCAUUGAAAACAUGAGACUUAUGACGAAACGCGUCUGGGACGGGGUGCAGUGACGUCACCGCGUUCUUCCCUAGGAGAAAGGGCUCCUGUUAUGCCAGCCGGCAUCUGUUUUUACAUGCCUAAUUUACAUGGAUGUUUGUAAGUAGGAUUUUACAUUUUUUUUAUUAAACCUGAGUUCAAACUAUAUCA